CUUUGGGUGGCACAGACCUUUCCUCCGCGUCCACCCGCCGACAAGCCGAGCCACGGGAGGAUGAGGUCAUCCUGUGUCCUGCUCACCGCCCUGGUGGCGCUGGCCGCCUAUUACAUCUACAUCCCCCUGCCCAGCUCCGUGUCCGAUCCCUGGAAGCUGAUGCUGCUGGACGCGACUUUCCGGAGCGCACAGCAAGUGAGCAACCUGAUACACAACCUGGGCCUGAGCCAUCAUCUGCUCGCACUGAAUUUUAUCAUCGUUAUUUUUGGCAAGAAAAGCGCGUGGUCAUCGGCCCAGGUGAAGGUGACCGACACUGACUUUGACGGUGUGGAAGUCAGAGUGUUUGAGGGCUCCCCAAAGCCAGAAGAGCCUUUGAGACGCAGCGUUGUUUACAUCCACGGAGGCGGCUGGGCUUUGGCCAGUGCAAAAAUCCGGUAUUAUGAUGAACUGUGUACAGCAAUGGCUGAAGAACUGAAUGCUGUCAUUGUCUCCAUUGAAUACAGGCUAGUUCCAAAAGUUUAUUUUCCUGCACAAAUUCACGAUGUUAUGCGUGCCACGAAGUAUUUCCUGCAGCCGGAAGUCUUACACAAGUAUUCGGUUGACCCAGACAGAAUUGGCAUCUCUGGUGACAGUGCUGGUGGGAAUUUGGCCGCUGCUCUGGGCCAGCAGUUUACUCAAGAUGCCAACCUCAAAAACAAGCUCAAGGUGCAAGCUUUCAUUUACCCGGUUCUUCAAGCUUUGGAUUUUAACACACCCUCUUAUCAGCAAAAUGUGAACGCACCAGUCCUGCCGCGUCAUGUUAUGGUGAAGUACUGGCUGGACUACCUCCAAGGCAACUGUGACUUUGUCCAGGCAAUGACGGUGAACAACCACACGUCACUUGAUGUGCAAGAGGCGGUUGCCCUCAGGGCCCGUCUAAACUGGACGUCCCUCUUGCCCGCCUCCAUCACAAAGGACUACAAGCCUGUCGUGCAGACCACUGGCAACGCCAGGAUUGUGCAGGAGAUCCCUCAGCUGCUGGAUGCCCGGGCAGCCCCACUCAUCGCAGAGCGGGAAGUCCUGCGGCACCUGCCGAAGACCUACAUUCUGACGUGCGAGCAUGACGUCCUAAGAGACGAUGGGAUCAUGUAUGCCAAGCGUCUGGAGAGCGCGGGUGUGCAGGUGACCCUCGACCACUUUGAGGAUGGUUUCCAUGGCUGCAUGAUUUUCACCAGCUGGCCCACCAACUUCUCAGUGGGAAUCCGGACUAGGGAUAGUUACAUCAAGUGGCUGGAUCAAAACCUGUAAACAAGUGACAUUUCUAGAAUGCUUGAGCCCCUCCUGACCUCCCGCACUUGCUUUGGAAAAAGAUGCGCCUUUUCGUUGACUGAUUUCCCCUUGUGACUUCUGAGUGAUGGAAUCUCUAUUCCUUGCAUACCUUACGUUAAUUUAAUUUUUGGAAAUGUGUCUGACUAACGUCCAUACAAAAUGUCUGAAGCUGGUUCUCCGAGGGGGCUAGCGACUUUGUUCUUUUUGUUUUAGCCAAACUACUACCAGUACUCACGGCUGCAGAGAGCAGGACGAGG